CGUCCAUCCGAACUGGCAGCAAACCUCAAUCAAACGCCAUUACAUUGAUCAACACAAUCCUCGCCGGCUGGAAGAAAUUGAUUGUCCUCCUCCGCCUGUUCCCGUUACUGCCGCCGCCGCCGCAGUCCAUGAGCGAAGGGAGAUAGAAGAAGAAACAAUGGUGGCUGUGGUGGAGACCGCCGCCGCUAAUCCCGUCGGUGGUGGCUGCGGCAACGAAGCGAAUAUGCUAAAUGUAGCCAUCCCCAGGCCACCGCCGGGAAAUGAUGCUGCGUGUACGACGGCGACGACGGCGCAGCAGGCGACGACUUCUCCUCCUCCUCCUUCGUCAAUGGCGGAUGAAUUGUGCCAUAUUUCUUGUACUACUUUCAACAUCUUGGCUCCUAUCUACAAACGCCUCGACCAACAGAACCAAAGCCUCCGUGAAAGCGAUUUCAGAGCUUUCUGGCUUUCCCGGAACCAGAUGAUUUUGGAGUGGUUGCUUAUGGAAAGAACUUCCAUCAUAUGCCUCCAGGAAUUCUGGACGGGAAAUGAAGAACUUGUGCAUAUGUACGAGGACAAGCUCUGCGACGCUGGCUAUUUCACCUUUCAACUUGCUAGAACGAACAACCGGGGAGAUGGCUUGCUAAUGGCAGUGCAUAAGGACUACUUUAGGAUUCUAAAUUAUCGGGAGUUGCUCUUUAAUGAUUUUGGAGACCGGGUUGCGCAGCUAUUGCACGUUCAGUUGACAAUACCCUCUUCAUGUAAUCGAAAAAAUGACGCCCGACAAGAGCUCCUAAUAGUCAACACACAUUUGUUAUUUCCUCAUAAUUCCAGUCUGUCCAUAGCGAGGUUGCAUCAGGUCUAUAAAAUAUUACAGUAUGUGGAGACAUAUCAACGAGAAAACAAACUUGGUGGUGUGCCUGUCAUUCUGUCUGGCGACUGGAAUGGAAGCAAAAGAGGCCGUGUUUAUAAAUUCCUUCGAUCUCAAGGGUUUGUAUCGUCCUAUGACAUUGCUCAUAAGUACACGGACAGCGAAGAUGAUGCUCACCGGUGGGUGAGCCACAGAAAUCAUAGGGGUAACAUCUGUGGCGUCGAUUUCAUAUGGCUCCGUAACCCUAAUGAACCAAGCAAACCAUUAAAGACAAGCUGGGCCGAAGCAGCAUUUGGCAUAAUAAAGUGUCAGCUCCAAAAGGUUUCACUGAAGGAGAGUGACGCGUUUGCAUUUUUGAAGGCUGACAACCCUGGGGAUUUUAUAACGUACUCGACUUUCUGUGAUGCGCUUCGCCAGGUUCACUUAAUCGGCCUUCCCUACGGACUGAGUUUCCAAGAGACGAAAGAUCUAUGGAGCCAAGCAGACAUAGACGGAAAUGGAAUCAUUGAUUAUGAAGAAUUUAAGAAGAGGAUAUGGAACUCGUCGUGUUGUUCGGUUCAACGAGACGAUAAUUGCGCAGAAAGUGCAGAGUUCGGAAGAGAGAUGGCAGAGGAAGUGAUCGGUUUCACGGUGAAGGACGCAGUUCUGUUUCCACGAGAAGUGGAGAGAGGAAUGUGGCCGGAGAACUACUCUCUUUCUGAUCAUGCUCGGCUCACAGUCAUAUUUUCGCCCGUCAGAAUGCGGUUCAGGAUGGAGGAGAGAGUAGGUUUAUAACCCACAAGAGAAAUUUUAUGGGUCAGCAGCUGUAGGUUAAAGAUGGGGAAAAAAAUGGGAGAAGGGUUAAGUAGAAACUGGGAAGUUGUAAAUGAGGAAUUGUUCAGUAUAUAAUGGGUUUUCUGGAAAGGAUGUAAGUUGAUAGAGAAACCUCGCUUGGUUUCGGGGCUCUUUUUCAUUUUUUUGCCUGCUUUGUUGGGCGAUUUUGUAAUUAGUUGUCUGCUGUGACACCCACAGCCAUAUUAUAAACAAAACAAAAACAAAAAAAAAAAACUCCCACAUCCAUGACAAGGUGAGCUGACUCAGUCAGUUAUUAAGCAUGGAAGGGAAGUCCACCAAAUCGAAAUAAAAAAUUUAUAAGCAU